CGGGGGCCUGCGGAGAGCGGGGCCGCGCAGGCGCCAGAGCGCGCCCGGCCGCCAUGGCGCCGGCGCCGCCCAGUCAGCCGCCGGUGGUGGCGGCGACUCCCCUCGGGAGGCCGGGUCUCCGCCUCCUGCUCCCGGCCCGCCUGCUCCGGGCGGCGGCGGCGGCGGCGGCGGCGGCGGCGGCGUUCCUGCCUCUCCGCCCCUCCCAGCGCACCCGGCCGGGCCGCGGCGCUGGCGGGGAGGGGCCGAGGUCGUCGACGCCGCCCCGCCUCCCAGAAGAGAAUCCCUUUUUGUCAACCUAAUGAAGCAUUCGAAGAAGUCAUAUGACUCUUUUCAAGAUGAACUUGAAGAUUAUAUUAAAGUGCAGAAAGCCAGAGGCUUAGAGCCAAAGACUUGCUUCAGAAAGAUGAGAGAGGACUAUCUUGAAACCUGUGGGUACAGAGAGCUUGACAUCCAGACCCAGGUAUAAAGUGUUCGAUUCCGAGACCCCCCAUCUGGCACUGUCCAGACCUGCCCACGAUCACGCAAUACUCCACACACCGUGGAAAGCCAGCCACCUCAGUGCUCCCCAGCUCCGGAGGCCCGGAGCUGCUCUCAGCUCCCCAAGGACUGUUUCUUAGAGAAGCCUGUGCCCACGAGCCUUGGUCAGCCAGCGCAUGACUGUGGUUCUUACGACAUAGAAUCCAGAGUUCGCGGGCACCUCUCCUCAAGAAACAGCCCCAGUGCCCAUCCAACCAGCCAUAAAGAGGUGCAUCAGAGGAGGAAGAGAGGCCCAGAGGAGGGCAGGGAGAAGACAGAGGAGGAGCGGCCCAAGCAUCGGAAAAGAGGCUCUGAGGAGGCGGAUUCAGACAGGCACAGGGGCAUCCAGAGAAAGAAAGCGAAGGCGAAGGCGGAAGCCGCGCAGGUCGGUGCAGAAAGGCCGAAGAACCGGAAGGAGAAGAGGAGCCGGGAGGCAGCCUCCAAGAGAGAGGGCCAGCACAGAAGAGCAAGGAAGGACCAAGGCAAGGAGAGAGCAGACGAGGAGCUGCUUUGGGACCAGUCCUCCUCGGUUCUGAGGGGCGUGGCCGGUUCUCCUGAGGUCACACUGAAGGAGUGCGGAGCUGGUUUCCCGGUGCUUGUGCCCUGCGGUCUUCUUUUGUGAGCAGCCCUCUAGAAUUCCUCACCAAGGCCGCAGAACCUGAGGCCUCCCCUCGCUGCUGCCUUGCGGGAGCUGCUCCUGAUCCUUCUUCUCCAAAAGCGCCGCCUCCUUGUUCCCAUGGUGCAGUCUCUUCGGGAGGGCGGCUCUGCUUCUGUGUAUCAGACUGGACAGUGGCGUUACCUUCCCGUGGAGGGCGUCUAUUUUAAACUGGAGGAUGAGCAGACUUUGCAGAAUCCGUUUCUUGGUUGGGAUUGUUUUAGUUUUGAGUGGGAUUUUUUUUAAGUUCAUUGAUUUUCUCUAUCCAUUUAGAUUUUUUUCCCUUUGUUAGCUCUAACUUGGCAUUAUAUUUUAUAGGUUGAAAAGUGGAAAAUGAAAUACAUUAUAUUAAUAGUAAUAAGCUUGUUUUGUAUAGUUUUAAGAGUUUUUAAGAGUCUCCAUACAAAAUCACUUUAUAUUCUUGAAAUGUUUAUAAUAAAGUGUUCUAAUUUCUG